AUGGCCUCUCCAGCCCCUAUCUUCUUCCUUUUGUGCCUACUAACCCAAUAUAUAUCAAACCUUCAAGCUGAUUCACUAGACCAGUACAUUCCCAAUCCACUACCAACCUACUUCCACAAAUCCAACCACAAGCUCAUGAACACUAUAGACUCCUGCUGGCGCGCAGCCCCAAACUGGGCUUCCAACCGCCAUGCCUUGGCAGACUGCGCGGUAGGCUUCGGCUGCAAUGCCACCGGAGGAAAGUAUGGCAAAUUAUACGUAGUAACCGAUCCCUCCGAUGACCCCAUAAACCCAAAACGUGGCAUGCUUCGGUUUGGCGCAAUCCAGUUUGAGCCCCUUUGGAUAAUUUUUGGUAGGGACAUGGUCAUAACUUUGAAAAAUGAGCUCAUUUUCAAUAGCUAUAAGACUGUGGAUGGCAGAGGAGCAAAUGUGGAGAUUGCUUAUGGCCCCUGCAUCACGUUACAAGGUGUUAGCCAUGUUAUUAUUCAUGGAAUUAGUAUUCAUGACUGUAAACCGGGGAAACCGGGCCUUGUCCGGAGUACUCCGAUGCACGUUGGCCAUCGGCUUGGCUCUGAUGGGGACGCCAUUGCUGUGUUUGCUUCCUCUCACAUCUGGAUCGAUCAUUGCUUCCUUGCUCGGUCCACCGAUGGUCUCAUUGAUGUGAUCCAUGCUUCAACUGCAGUGAGCAUCUCCAACAACUUCUUAACCCAACAUGAUAAAGUGAUGUUGCUUGGACACAAUGAUCAAUUCACUGCAGAUAAAGCAAUGAGAAAUACAAUAGUUUUCAACCAUUUUGGUGCUGGUCUAGUUCAAAGGAUGCCAAGGGUGAGGUUUGGUUAUGCACAUGUUGCCAACAACAAGUAUGAUGAGUGGGAGAAGUAUGCCAUUGGAGGCAGUGCCAAUCCAACCAUCCUAAGUGAAGGGAACUACUUCAUUGCUCCUAACAACAGGGAUUUCAAACAGGUGACAAAAAGAGAGGGGGGUGGUGGGCGGAAGAAUUGGAAAUGGAGGUCUUCAAAAGAUCAGUUUGAGAAUGGGGCAUAUUUUGUUCAAUCUGGAUGGGGAAGCUGUGCUCCGCUUUACUCCCCAUCUCAAUCUUUCGUUGUUGCAGAAGGAACCAUGGUGCCUGUAUUAACAGCUAAUGCUGGUCCUCUCCACUGUGUUGUUGGUAAAGCAUGUUGA